AUGAUUUUUAUUUUACUUGUACAAAUUACUCAGUCUUUAACCAUCCAUGAAUUUUUGGAACUCACUCCCUUUUAAAUUCAGAAACUAAACACAGAAACACUCCAGGACUACUUUAUUUCAGGUUCAAUACAAGGAUAUCUAGGAUUGAGUGAGUAUUCUCAAUUAAUUGACAAAUUGGCCAAUUCAUUUCCAAAUUAAGUGUCAUUGCAAUCCUUUGGCAAUACUUACUAAGGAACCAAAAUAAAGACAAUCCAAAUUUCAACAACUAAAUCUCCCAAGUAUUCAAUAGCAAUCAUUGGCAUGUUGGGUGGCUGUACUGAUUUAAUCUCAGUAAACUAUCUCCUUUAUUAAUUAUACUUUAUCACCAUCCAAUUGUCCAACAAGAAUCCCUUUAUGACGACUCUACUUUCAGACAAACAAUUGUUGAUCACUCCAUUAAUAAAUGCAGAUGGACUGCAAUAUAUUACAACUUAAUUUACUCAAACUCAAACUAUACCCCCCAUUUUUAAAAACAGAAAUCCUUCCAAUUCCAACCAAUGUUCAUACAAUGAAUUCGGUGUUGAUCUUACCAGGAAUUUUCAAUACAAAUUUGGAAUCAAUGAGAUUGGGUCGUCCUCAAACAAAUGCAGUCAAAUCUAUAGAGGUAGAAACGCCUUUUCUGAAUCAGAAACGUUGGCUAUUGAUAAACUGGUUUAAUAGAUUAGACCAAACAUUUUAAUUGUAAUGGGAGGUGAUUUGGAUAAGUUAGUCAUUCCUGAUACUAAUUCAUCAACUUAUUAAUAAUUGCUUUAUUAAGUUUCAAAAGAGUACAAUUUAAAAAUGGGAGAUUAUUAAACAUUGUAUCAAGUGGAAAUUAAUGGCGAUUUAUGUUAAAAUUAUAUUUAUCAAAUCAACAACAUAUGCUUCACUAUUAAUAUUGGAUAAUACACAUUAAAUUAGACAAUCCUCAACUUCUAAAAUCUUUUAUUGGAUGUGUUGUCGCAUUACAGUCCUUCACUACAGUAAACGAUAUUUAUAUAUAUCUAGAAUAUAAUUCUAAUAGAAAUUUAAUUGUUAAAAUGGUAAAAUGCUGUGUAAUCAACUUGAGUCUAAUGAGAAGGGCUGUGUGAUCAUCAUUUCAGUAGAGAAUGUAGGUUAUAAUCAAUUUAAUGACAACAUAGUGAUGGACAUUACUUUGAAUUAAGGUGGUGAAAAACUGUANAUUUUUGUCAUCUUCGAAUGCAUCCUUAAUGUAGUGGUAACAUUGAAUUUUCUUUGA